AUGGACGAUCAUGUGGAGGAGAUUUGGAAGUCAUCGGAUCUCGGUGAUGGUGGCGAGGAUCUGAUUGCUAGGAUCACGAGUGAUUUCAUGGAGAUUGGAGGUAGAAGCUCUCCGGCUGUAUCAGAGUUUACAAAAUUGGCUUCGAAUUUCUUGCAAUUGGGUGCGAAUUCGAAUUUCCCUUUCACUGACGAGGACAAAAACUUUGAUGAUACGUUUUCGAGCGAGAACAAUGAGUCUAGAUGCUACAAUUGUGGGCCAAAAACAGAGUUUCAUGUGAUCGUGAGGUACUCCCACACAAUAGGAGAUCCACAAGAUGUAAAAGGUAAAGGUCAAUAUCAUCAUUGGUCUGAACCUCAACAUAAAUUGUUAUUACGGCUACUAGUGGAUGCAAUCAAUCAAGGUUUUUGCCAAUCUGAUGGUAAAUUCAACAAACUCACGAUAGAGACAAGAAUACUAUCAACUCUAAACCAAGAGCUUGGAACUUCCAUAACCUAUAACCAGUAUAGAAAUAGGACAAAGAUAUUGAAGGCUAGGUACCAAAGUUUUGCAGAAUUUAUUCGCUGUAGUUCUGGUUUUGGGUGGGAUCCUGAAACGAAAAAAUUCACAGCAGAUGAUGAACUUUAUGAAUAUGCUCAUCCAGAUAAGAAACAUCUGCGUGAUGAUUCAUUCGAAGAUUAUGAGGAGUUAAAAGCGAUAUAUGGUCAAAAUAUUGCAAGUGGACAAAAUGCUGUGGGAUUAGGAGAUACCGCUCAUGCAGAUACCUACCAAGUUGAAGCCAUCGAGAGGACAAGUGAUAUAGAUUUUGCUGAAGGGAUAAUACAGCAGCAAACAUCUGAGCACAAAGUGUUUUCUUCGUCAUCAGGAAAAAGGAAGAGAGAAAAGCUUCCCCAAAGAAAGAAAGCUAAAACUGAUUCAUAUAAUAGGAACAUGGUUGAUGAUGAAGUGACAGAAAUCAGUAGCCAGAUCUUUGGCAUGAUACAAAAAGAUGGGAAAAAGAAGCUGAAGAAAAAGAAGCUGAAGACAAAGCUAACAAUAUCUGGGAUGCUAUCAAAGAAAUUCCUGAUUUGGAUGAUGAUUUGCGUUACGAGGCGAUGA